AUGCAAAAUGAAUCUUCUCUUCCUAUAAGUGGUGAUGAUGAACAACUAGAAUAUUUGGACGAGGGGAUGAUAAUUAUGGAGGCCAAUUUGGAGAAGGAUGUUAAAUGUUCUCUGAUUAAAGAUUGGUCAUUGAAUGAAAAUAUUCUCAUUGGAAGAGGACAAGUUAUUGGAUUUCGGGAAAAUCAAGAAGAUUUUGAGAAGAUCUUGAUAGGAAAAGAGACAAUUUUGUGUGGAGUAUUUGAUGGACAUUGUGGUGAUGCUUGUGCUCGAUUCAUCUCAUCUAAAUGUUUAGAUGAAAUUUCACAAAAUAUUAAAUUAUUAAAUAAUAAUAUUAGUACUAAUACAACAAUUAAUAGUGAUAACAGCAAUCAAAAUCAAAUAUUAAAUAUUAAUGAACAAGUAUUAGAAGAAACAUUUGCAAAAUUGCAAUCCGACUAUAUUCAAUUCAGAGAAGAAAUUAAUUCCACCACUACCACUAAUUCAUCAAAUAACAAUAAUAAUACUCUAACACCAGAAACAACAGCCUUACCACCCGAGAAUAGCACUUCAACUAACCGUGAGGAAGACAUUAUUUCCCUAGAGUGUGGCACUACAGCAAAUAUAAUCCUUCUCUCCUCACAUAAUCCCUCAACAAUCUACAGUAUCAAUUGUGGUGAUUCACGAGCUAUUUACUUUAAUGGUACCAAGACGAUAAUGUUAAGUAGAGAUCAUAAACCUAAUGAUUUGGAUGAAAAUAGCAGAAUUAAAAAGCUUGGUGGACAUAUUGAUGAAGAAAGUGGAAGAAUUGAUGGUUUUCUUUCUUAUUCUAGGUCAUUUGGCGAUUUAGAUUACCAACCAAUUGUUUCCUAUUCGCCAGAAUUAAAAAUCAUGGAGAGACAAGAAAAGAAAUCUGGAGCUGAAUUUAUUUUAAUCGCCACAGAUGGUUUAUUCGAAGGGUUUAAAUCUAAUGAGGAGUGUACUCAUUACAUUACUGAAUUUUUACAAUCACACAAUUAUAAUGCCGAGAAUGCAACCAUUGUAAUUAGUGAGCUUAUUGGUUCCAUGUUGGAUUAUUGUGUGAAUGAGCUCGAAUCGAUGGACAAUGUAACACUGCAAUUAGUCAUGUUCAUGCAUAAAUAA